AUGGAGAUGUCGUCCAAGAGUCUGCACAACGAGCACAUUAAGCGGCCGAUGAACGCCUUCAUGGUGUGGUCGCGUGGUCAGCGUCGCAAAAUGGCACAGGAGAAUCCGAAAAUGCACAAUUCAGAGAUCUCGAAGAGACUGGGCGCCGAGUGGAAACUGCUGAGCGAGAGCGAGAAGAGACCGUUUAUCGAUGAAGCGAAGAGAUUAAGGGCUCUUCACAUGAAGGAACACCCGGACUAUAAAUAUCGGCCGCGACGAAAGCCAAAGUCUCUGGUAAAGAAGGAGAACAAGUUCGCGUUCUCGAUAUCGCCGCUGAUAUCGUCCGGUGAUGCCCUGGCCAAUCUCCCGCGCGCUCUUCUACCACCGCUGGCGCCACCCACGCACCACCCUCUCAUGUCACGCGAAGACCUGAAGAUUCCCCAUUUCUUGCCGGCGUUCCCCUACUCGCUGUAUCCACUGCAGCACAAGCUGAGCGAAGACUUCAACGGCAGCAGCAAACUGGCCGCCGAUCUGGCCUUCCAGGCCUUUUACACCGGCAGUACGUUUUAUCCGAGCCACCCCACAAUACCGUGGACGCCGAGUCUGUCGUCGACUACCUGCCUGCAACCCAACUGCGACUGUCCGAGCCUGUCGAAAGAACCCAAGAGGCCGUUCCCACCGUCCAAAAUAGACGACCGACCAUUUCCCAGUCCAGCUCGAGCCGACGACAACGCCGUCGUUGCGGAACGAGAGGAAUCCCGGUAUCGGAAAAUCCUCGAGGAGGACUUCCCCGUCAGUUUGGACCGACACCCUCAGCAUCACCAAGAAGACCGCUCCCAAGAUCGCUUCUCCUCGUCCUCGUCUUCCUCCCCACCCACAGAACCGGAAAAGUCGUCGACGGCGACGACGUCCUCGUCGUCAACCUCGACGUCGAGCAGCAACAGCAACAGGGUCGACAGCGCCUUCUCCGUUCAGAGCCUCACAUCCGGCGGCUCGAACUCGAGCUCGCAGCGCGGACACGUCAUAUGAAGGCCGCUUCCGGUUCUCCCGGACCUCAACUUCCGGGGGAG